GAUCAAUUUUGUGUAGCCCAUAAUAAACUAUGGCCAUUUGCUACUUACUCUCUGUCGUACUUUUGUUCAGUUUUCAUAACGAAUUGGAAAAAUGGUGUGUUUUGGGAGCAAGGAUGGGGCUAAGUGAACACCAGUAUCACCAUGUCCUUGAUAUGAAGUCUCUGGUGCCUGCUACUACUUGCGUGACUCCUUCCACGGGUCCUGCCCAACAAUAUGGACUGCCACUGGUCCAUAGGCGCGGUCCCUGCUCCCCACUACAUCAAGACCAGCCCCACAAUCCGAGCAUGAUAUUUCUCCGGGACAAGGCGCGGUAUCAGCUGAUAGCCAGUUCAAUAGCAUCCUCAUGGCACGGACACAACGUGAAUCCCCCUCCUCGUGAACAAGGAGAAGACAUGACUGUACCCGUUCCGGGCAUGGAAGGCGAUUUCUUGGUCACUGUCGGCCUUGGUUCGCCGACCCGCUCAUUGACCCUGAUACUAGACACCGGUUGCGACCUCACCUGGACACAGUGCAUCCCCUGCCCCGAUGCCGGAUGCUAUAAGCAAGAGGACCCUUACUAUGAGCCCUCCAAAUCCUCCACAUAUUCUGACCCACAGUUCUAUCACUCACCCUCCACCUAUAAAAUUUUCUACGAAGAUAAGUCGUAUUCCUAUGGGUACUAUGCAAGAGAUACCCUCACGCUCGGGCCAAAUUACAAGUUCCCAAACUUUGUCUUUGGUUGUGGACAGAACAAUAGCAGUAAUGGUUUUGGGUCCACAGCGGGCAUUCUUGGCUUAGGGAAAGGCACUCACACCUUAGUCUCGCAGACGGCAUACAAAUUUAACCAAAUUUUCUGCUACUGCAUCCCACCCACAUUCAGCACAAAUGGGUACCUCCUCUUUGGACUAGGAGCACGGAAAUAUUGCCAUCCUGAAAUGUUCACGCCUCUCGUCUCAGCCCUCCCUGCCCGGCCCCAGUAUUUUGUCAACCUCCUCAGUAUUACCAUCGAGGACCAAACAUUAAGUUUCACCAACUUAAUAAAACCAAAUCCAUCUCCUAGUUCUUCUCCUUCUUCUUCUUCCAGUUACAAGACUAUCAUCGACUCAGGGACAACCAUAACUCGGCUUCCCCAAUCUGUUUAUGCAGUGCUCUGUUCAGCGUUCCAGAACUACAUGUGGGGAUACCCUGAAGCUCCUGAGCUUCCUCCCUUAUUAGACACGUGCUAUGACCUGGAGGAUUACGAGGACGUGAAACUUCCUCGGAUUGUUCUGAACUUCGAGCAAGCGAACGUAACACUGGACCCCUCGGGAAUCAUUUGGAGAGAGUCGAACUCGCAAGUUUGCUUGGCUUUUUCUGGAAACACUGAUCAGAAGGAUGACCUAAUCAUAAUCGGCAGCACGCAGCAGAGCAAACUUGACAUCCUGUAUGAUGUCAAGUCCAAAAGAGUCGGGUUUGGAAGAGGCAGUUGUGGCGUAUGAGAACUGCUAUAUUUAAUAUAUUCCGUUUGGAACCUUUUUCAGUUAGCAGUAAAUGUGGAAUUGAUACUCAUUUCAGAUUAUCAGUUGUUUUCCAGACA